CUCUCUCUCUCUCUCUCUCUCUCACAGUACUUCAGCAAGCGGGAGAAGCUUCUCACUCUUCGUCCAUCAGAGAUUCAGAUUGCCCUACCGGAGAGAGAGACUCUCUCUCUCUCUCUCUCAUUCUCUGUCCCCACUCUUUCUCAUGAAUGCACCCACCAAUAUACCAUCCAUGGCGCCGAAAACCCUCAUCUUGGUCUUCUUCCUCCUCACAUCCACCGCCACUCCUGCAUUUUCAGCUCAACCCAGCAAGGCAAACGUGACAGCACCAGCUGAUAUCCCUCCCUUUCCUUCCCCUUCUCCAAUUUCUUCUACCCCCAUCCACCAAAAUCUAGCUACAUCGCCAUCCUCUCCACCCCAAAAUGGUACAAAGCCUGCCUCCCCACCGUCUUCUCCAACCCCAUCUGCUCCAGAAGCAUCACCAUUGCCACCAGCACCAUCCACAAAGGCACCCCCCUCCUCCUCCUCACUAGAUCCCAAACAGCUCGUGGCUCUGCAGUCGCUAGGUUUCCCCGCCAAAGUUGAUCCCUGCUCGCCGAAUCCGCCGGGAAACGCCACCGUCUGUGACGCCGGAAAGCCAUUCAGGCACCUGAUCUCACUUCAGCUAAGGAACUGCUCUUCCGACAUUGCAAUGUCACCAACCGCCAUGAGAACUCUGGAUACACUGCAGUCUCUGGCUUUUCUCGACUGCCCAAUGGACCCAAUCAAGCUCCCCGAUGAGCUCAUCAAUAGCCUCAGAUCCUUCUCCUGCAUCAAGAGCCUGGGCAAAUUGACAGGGGUUUGGCUCAGCAGGCUGGCCAAUCUCACAGACUUGACGGUUGAGGGUGUCAAGAUCAACGCUAGCGGGCCGACGAUCAUACUUAGCGGGAUGACCCAUCUGAAAUCUGUGAAGAUUGCUAGUGCUAACCUCAGCGGCGUUUUGCCAAAGAAAUGGCAUCCCAACCUCGUGGAGAUUGAUUUCUCUGAUAAUGAAUUGACUGGCCCUGUACCCACGUCCAUUACCCAGCUCUCUGACUUGACAUUCUUGGACUUGAGCUCAAACAAGCUGACUGGUUCUAUCCCUUCUACCAUUGGGGACCUUCUCAUGAUCAGAAAUAUCUCGUUUGCACGGAAUUCAUUGGAUGGCCCGGUGCCUGAUUCGUUGGCACAGAUCCCUUCUUUGGUUCAUCUUGACCUGAGUAGCAACCAGCUCAAUGGGUCUGUCCCUGGGUUCCUGUCUCGGAUGAAAGGUCUGAAGUAUCUGAACCUUGAGAAUAAUAAUUUUCAGGGUGUCAUUCCUUUCAAUGCUUCCUUUAUCAACAACUUGGUGGUUUUUAAGGUCGGUGGGAACUCGAACCUUUGUUACAAUAGUUCAGUGGUUUCGUCAAAACUUAAGCUGGGGAUAGCUCCCUGCGACAAGAAUGGCUUGCCCAUCUCGCCUCCGGAUUCUUCGUCUUCCCCAGCGCAGGCACCGACCGAUGACAGCACAUCGGACUCUGACAGUGGUCAGCAUAGUCAUCACCACGGACCCAGUACCGUGGUUCUUGUGGUAGCAAUUGGGCUUUCAUCAAUAGUCUUUCUGAUCAUCUUCUGUAUUCUUUUGUCAAAAUGGUGUUCGUGAGAAAAUUGUUAAGGUGGGAAUAGAAGCAGCCUGUGGAGAAUUUGCAGGAUUGUGUUGCGGCCCGGGAGUAUUUCUGCAAGCAUUUGGGGAGAAGACAAUGUACCAUUUGAAGCAAAAGGAGACCCCAAAAAGCUGCAAUUGUUGAUCUGCAUUCGUUCUGUGUAAUUAUCAUUUUUUGAAACCACAUUAAGGAUUUCAGCGGCUGAUUGCACAUGGCGGUGACGUGCGCGGCGGGAGAACCUUCUGGCAAUUCUUCUUUUCGUAGCUCUCAGGCAACUGCAUCUAUGAUUUAUUUCCUGCAGCGCGGAAAUUUUGGAUAUGUCUGUAACUUGUGAGAUUUGGAGUGGGUAAUUUUGAUGUUCGGUUCACCAAUGUUUUCUGCUUUGUUUCCAUAAAACUUCUUCAGCUUUUAUGUUUUUUUGGUGGUUCAUAAAACAACUUACUGUUUCAGUAAUCUUAGGCAGUGCUUGCUUAUUAUCUUACAAUGAUCAUUGCCAUGAGAGGAAAAGGACCUGGAUCAAUCUUCUACCUCUGAAGUUCUUACAUUUGAUAACUUGGCGGUUGGGACCUCCCUAAAAUUUGAGCCAAGAUUAUUGCAGAAACCGAAGGUCAGCCGAGGUUAAAGAUCGCACGCUUUUUCCGACAUUGUUGGCCGCUGCUGAGAGUUUUUCUCUUGAAUUGUUAAAAUCAGUUCGUUUGAAUUGAAAGCAGGAUUUUUACAUAUGCUCCCUCACCAUUUGUAUUUUCCAAAAGAAUAAUAAGCAUCACUUUAAUUGAUUUGA